AGAGGAGAAAAAUAAUGGCUCAAAGGGAGAAAGAAGAAACCGAAUUCAAGGUCCAUGAAACCCUUACCCUCUGCACCAACGGUUGUGGUUUCCCUGGUAACCCAGCCACCAACAACAUGUGCCAGAACUGCUUCAAGACCACCGCAGAAGUCCUCAAGCCCCUCAAUUUCUCCUCCUCCUCUUCCGUCCAGGAUAAGAAGAAGCUCAGAUCCUCUCGAUCGCCGAGGAGAUCUGAUUUUGAGUCUGAUCUGAGGCAGACAGAGACUCGGAGGGAACCAACGAUGCUAGAGACGACGAUGGCUGUGGCGGCGGCGGCGGCGGCGGCGGUAUAUGCGGAGGGGACAGCUUCGACGAACAACCAAAGGCGGGAGCUGAAUCGGUGCUCCGGUUGCCGGAGGAAGGUAGGGUUGACGGGGUUUCGUUGCCGUUGUGGGGAUUUGUUUUGUUCCGAUCAUAGGUACUCUGACCGCCACGUGUGCAGUUACGAUUACAAGGCUGCUGGUCGUGAGGCCAUAGCUCGUGAGAAUCCGGUCGUCAAAGCCGCGAAGAUCGUUAGAGUCUGAAAGAUGAACCAGAGAAAAUGGAAAAAAAAAAUUUGUAUUUUAUUAUUUAAAAAAAAAUCGAACUUAGUUGAACCAAA